AUGGCAAAGGGAGGUGCCGGUGAAGGCAUUUACAGUGCUACAUAUAGUGGCAUCCCCGUGUGGGAAUUCCAGUUCGGUGCCGAUCUCAAAGAACAUGUAAUGCGACGGCGCCAUGAUGACUGGAUCAAUGCGACACACAUCCUCAAGGCUGCUGGCUUUGACAAGCCUGCCAGAACCCGAAUUCUUGAGCGAGAGGUACAGAAGGAUACGCACGAGAAAAUCCAAGGUGGAUAUGGAAAAUAUCAAGGAACAUGGAUACCACUCGAGCGCGGCCAGGAACUUGCACAUCGAAAUAACAUCUAUGAGCGGUUGCGCGCUAUCUUUGAGUUUGUCCCUGGCAACGAGAGCCCACCGCCUGCACCACGACAUGCCAGUAAACCCAAGGCACCUAAAAAGCCAGCUGUGCCCAAGUGGACUAAUCCAGCCCCUGUACAAGAAGAGUACGACAACGGAGAUGUUAUCAUGAAUGAGGACGACACUCCCGACAACUUGACUGUUGCAUCAGCUUCAUAUAUGGCAGAAGACGACCAUCAUGACGUAUCACAUUACUCUACUGGCCAUCGAAAGCGGAAGCGGGAGGAGUUGAUUCAGGACAUGACUGAGCAACAACACUCAAUGUACGGAGACGAACUACUGGAUUAUUUCCUGCUCUCUAGGAACGAGCAACCGGCCAUCCGGCCUGAUCCUCCCACCAACUUCCAACCAAAUUGGGUCAUUGAUACCGAACAGCAUAGUGCUUUACAUUGGGCCGCCGCCAUGGGCGAUGUCGAGGUUAUCAAACAACUCAAGCGAUUCGGUGCCGCACUGUCAGUGAAGAACGUCCGCGGUGAAACGCCCCUCAUGCGUUCCGUGAACUUCACCAAUUGCUUUGAUAAGCAGACUUUCCCGCAGGUCAUGAAGGAGCUCUUUGAGACGGUUGAUGCGCGUGACCAUGGCGGUUGCACCGUCAUUCAUCAUGCUGCGGUCAUGAAGAGCGGUCGAGUCGCUAGCCAGAGCUGCUCGCGGUACUAUCUUGACAAUAUCUUGAACAAGUUACAGGAAACGCACGAUCCCAACUUUGUCCAGGCUCUCAUUGACGCCCAAGACCACGAAGGCAACACAGCAGUGCAUCUUGCAGCUCAAAGAAAUGCAAGCAAGUGUAUACGAGCUCUCCUCGGCCGUGGCGCUUCAACAGAUAUCCCCAAUAAGGAUGGUGUCUGUGCAGAAGAGCUCAUCAGACAAUUAAAUGCGACCAAGAAGGCCCGCACUGUUCCACAGCGAUCAAGCAGUCCAUUUGCGCCUGAUAGUCAACGUCACACCUCGUUCCGGGAUGCCAUGGGCGAACCCCUCACCAAGAUGGCGACUACUUAUCAAUCAGAUGCUGCCAACACUGUCCAAAGCCGCAUCACUCCUUUGGUCCUCGAAAAAUUUCAGGAUCUUGCUCACAGUUACGAAGAGGAGUGGAAGGAGAAGGAUGAGGCAGAAAAGGAAGCUCGCCGAAUCCUCUUGAACACCCAAGCCGAGCUAGCAGGAAUACGUCAGCAAGUCGCUGAGUUAGAGUCGCACCUGGAGCCAGACGACGUUGCUGCUAAGGUCAAUGCCGACGCCGCUUUGGCACGCAAACAGGUCCUGUCACUAUUCACACACCACAGUCGCAUGGAGGUCGAAGGUUCUGUGCAGACAGAAUUAAGCAUGCUCGUAAAUGGCGAUAGUGCCAGCCAAGAGGACAGCUACGAGGAACGACUCAAAUUAGCCACCGAAUUACGCCAACUUGUACAGGAGGCUCGGCAAGUCGAGGCAGACUACGUGGAGGCUUUGGGGGUCGUGGGUACUGGUGAGAACAUUGAGAAAUACCGGCGUCUGUUGAAAAUUUGUCUCGGUCCCGAGGCUGACAGUCUUGACGACAAUCUCGAUGGCAUGAUACAAAUGUUUGAGGAAGAGGUUGCCGAUGGAGCGCGCACGAUCAACGAGGUUGCCGGUGCCGGUCUAGGCAUAGGGGUCGCAAGCGGUGAUGCUUUGGAGAUCAGUGCAAGCAUGUAA